CUUAAAGGUUUCCUUGGGCGCCCCUGUUGCUUGUAAAUGACUAUAGUGCUGAGGCAUGCUGGGAAAUGACAGCCUAUAGUACCGAGGCAUGCUGGGAAAUGAUAGGCUGCAGUGCUGAGGCAUGCUGGGAAAUGAUAGGCUGCAGUACUGAGGCAUGCUGGGAAAUGUAGUUUAUGAACAAAAGGCCAUAAGUUGCAGUCAUUGCUUUGUGUGGCUGGAGCUAUACAGUCACAACAUGUCCAGCCAUGGGCGGCCGCCCUUUCUAUGCCUGAGUGGCCUCUCCUCGUUCCUGUAGCGCCUGCCAAUGAAAAUGGAAGACAUGUCUCUGUCUGGCCUGGAUAACAGCAAACUGGAGGCCAUUGCUCAUGAAAUCUACACAGACCUGAUAGAGGACACGUGUCUGGGGCUCAGCUUUGAGGUCCAUCGUGCUGCUAAAUGUGGAUAUUUCUUGCUGGAUGAAACAGACCCGGACAGCGUAAAGGAUUUUGAAAUAGUAGACCAGCCGGGGGUGGAUAUCUUCGGUCAAGUUUACAACCAGUGGAAAAGCAAAGAGUGUGUGUGUCCGAACUGUAACCGCAGUAUCGCUGCAUCCAGAUUUGCCCCUCACCUCGAGAAGUGUCUGGGCAUGGGCAGGAACAGCAGCCGCAUCGCUAACCGCAGAAUCGCAAGCAGUAACAACACAAACAAGUCUGAGAGUGACCAGGAAGAUAACGACGAUGUUAAUGAUAAUGAUUGGUCCUACGGAUCGGAGAAGAAAGGUGCGUUUAAUGCGUCUGGAGCAAAGAAGAGAAAAUCCGAGAAGAACCCAAAUUCACCUCGCAGGUCAAAGCCCCUAAAACACAAAAACGGAGAUCUCUCCAUGAACUCUGACCAACUGAAGUAUAAUAACAGUUCAGGGAUUAGUUAUGAAAACCUUGGCCCAGAUGAGCUUCAGACACUUCUAACCACGCAAUGCGGGGUUAUAUCGGAGCACACUAAGAAGAUGUGUACCAGGUCACAUCGUUGCCCCCAGCACACCGAUGACCAGCGCCGAUCAGUGAGGGUCUAUCUGCUGGGCUCCUCUGCCUCUCUUCCCGAGGCUGACGGCAGUUUGGACAACGACAGCUUUGAUGUGGUGGAGGGACAAGUGCUGAUGAGUCGGCUUCAGUGGGACGGAUCCUCUGACAUUUCUCCUUCUGAUUCUGCGUCCUCCAAAGCCAGUACAAAUAACUCCGACACUCGCAAACCUAAGAAAAAGAAGCCGAGUCACGUCAGCCUGGCCAGUGGGGGCGGCACGAGCAAGAAGAAGAAACCGAAACCUCCUGCCCCUCUGACACCAGGAUUGUACAGCGACCACAACUGAACACAGUGGACCAAGCCGCGCUUGUAUGUCGGACCCGGUGCCUGUUUACCGAUAUAUUUAUAUAUCCGGUGGAGACAAAAAAUGGGCCUAAAUAAUAAACCCUUGAAUGUGAAUGUUAUCAGGUCUGGUAAGAACUACGAUUAAAAAGAGGAUCCAAAAUAUACCUCGCCCGAUGCGGUUUAUUCCUUUCCGCAAUACUGGACCCAGUUUUGCCGUAUUUACUGUCUCUUUCUGUCCUACUUGACUGUGCCGGGUACAAAGAGCAUAUUUUCUAUAAAUAUAUAUGAUCUUAUGAUGUCCUCUACUGUGUCAAGAGGGUGCUGCUUCCUCUACUGACAAUGGAUAUUGCCAUCUGGAGACGACUUUUUCGACAGAACUGAGGUGUUCACUUCCUGAAAAUGGGACUCUGAUAAACGAGCCACCAGGAAGUUGCAGGACCCCUUCUCAGUAACAUGAACAUAGGCAUGAUGUGCGCUGCUUCUGGUUUCCUUUCUGUUGCACAACAUAUGGGUGCAGGUCGCCUGCAGUACCUUCGGCAGCAAAUGGAUCAACAGAUGUUGCACGUUUAACAAAUUCAUACUUGGUAUUUCAUCUUCAUCAGGCACAGAUGUACUUAAUCUUACAGAACGAGGCAAAAGAUAAAUCCUAUCGGACCUUAGGGUGAUGAUUUUUUUUUUUUUUAAAGAGCCAGAAACACCAAAAAGGGAAAAAGCCUUUGUAUAUAUAUUCAAAUAAUCCUGUCUGUCCAGUAUCUGUAAUGAAAUCUGCAACAGUCCUGAUUUUGUUUUUGUAUCAUGAAUUUUGAUUUUCUUAAUAAGGUAUGUUUUGAUUUUGUGGGAGGUCUUUGCUAAAAUGAUGGAAUUCAUGCGGAUCUGGCCAUUCAGGAUCCUGGAGACUUUGGCAGCUGCCAUUUUUGUUUGUGCCUGUGAUUUUUCUAGGGGGGUUGCUGUGGGAAAGCAUCAUGGACUGUAGGGUGUCUGAUCAGGACCUGUUUCAACUCAAAUUCUCAUAGUCCCUCAACAAAGGGAGUUUCAGGAUUGGACACGCCCGGCAUUUUUUUUUUUUAUUACAUGGCCCAGAAUCAUAUGGUUUUAAAGCUUUUUCUUUUUGAUGUUGCUGGUCCUUUUUAAAAAAAAAAAUAGGAGCAAAGUGACCGAACGACUGUGCCCUUUUAGUAAAUGUUUCAUGGAGACAAGCAGGCCCGGACACAAUAUUGUAGCCAGUGAACUCAUGUCUGGGUGAAUCCCAUGGAGGAGGCUAGUGACCAAAAAAAUAAAUACAAUUCCUAUCGGAUCAAAGGUUGUUCUGGACAGGGCUCCCACUUUCCUCUGGUCACUUUACUCCCUAACAGGGCUGGCCCUGCGUCCUCGCAUUAUGAACUGUGUAAACUGAUUUGGAAUGUUAUAAUCAGGGUCUUCACUAACGUGUCCUUUUCCUUCUUGAUAUAGGGGAAUAAAAUCUUUAAAAAAAUUGCCAAUAUGCAUCUGUACAUUGUGUGUGGAAUAAAGCCUGUGCUGGUAAGGAA